AUUGAAAAUAAACACGAUAAUGUCUGAAAUUUCAAAGAAGAAGGAUUAUAUUACCUUUAAAGGAGCAGCCUGUAUUAGACAAGCUCUGCAAUUCUCGAUUCUCUCAGGAAAGCCUGUUAAAAUUAGCGAAAUUAGAAGCGAAGACCUUGAUCCUGGAGUCAACGAAUACGAGAUGAACCUUCUCAAGUUGAUUGAAAAGGUAACCAAUGGAAGCAUAAUCGACAUCAAUGUAUCAGGAACCCAGAUCAGGUUUACUCCUGGAGUGAUCACAAACAAUAAUGGAGAUGAAGUGUUUUAUACAAAUGAAGAAAUGCAGACUCAAGACAGAUGUCUUACAUAUUAUCUUGAAUUCCUACUCCCAGUCGUGCUGUUUGGUAAAGCAUCCUUCUACGGGGAGUUCACUGGUAUCACUAAUGAUAACAUCGAUAUGUCUGCAGAUACCUUUAGAAACUGUCUACUGCCAAUGCUAAAGCAUUUUGGAGUUGAAGGAGCCACAAUGGAAAUCAAGAAAAGAGGACUAUUCCCAAAAGGAGGAGGACACAUCAGUAUUACUGUUCCUUACAUUAGGGAGUUAAACUCUCUCAGUCUGACAGAUGAAGGCAAGGUUAAGAAAAUUAGAGGAACUGCUUACUGUUGUAUGAGAAAUAAUGAAGUCAAUACCAGAGUCUUCACUUCUGCAAGAGGAAUACUUAAUGAUUACAUUCCAGAUGUCUAUAUCUACACUGAUAAUUAUAAGAAGGAUAAGUGAGGGCUUUCCAAAGGAUUUGGAGCUUCAUUAGUUGCAGAAACUACGACUGAAUGCCUUAUCUCUGCAGAUGCUAUUCAUCACCCAGAGCAGACCUUAGACCCAGAGAAACUCGGCGAAUCAGUUGCUAUUUCCUUACUUGAACAAAUUUUCAAUAGUGGAGUUUCAGAUGUAAGGAUUGCACCUACAAUUGUUCUUUUAAUGGGAUUGAGCAAUGCUGAGAACACAAGUGAGAUCAAGCUCCCAAGUAACAUAAUUCAAAGUGAUUACAUGAUGAAUACUCUCAGGUAUCUCAACAAAUUCUUCUCAGUCAAAUUCAAAAUUUCUGAGUGAGAAGACGAUGAAAGAGACUCUGAGAGCGAUGAUAAUGAAGAAAACCCCAAAACAGAGGAAAUCACUGAUAAAGAUGAUGAUCUAUAUAAGAAAGCAGACGAGAUUCCAAGACCAGAAUUCCAUAUCUUCUCGUGACUAGGCUUUGGACUCCAAAACAUGGCGAGGAAAACAGAAUAAA